AGACGGGAAAUGCUGUGUGAAAAUAGCAAUCCAAAAGUUCUUAGCAAACUGCAGCCAGAGGAACUCAGACUAGAAUGGAGGUAGGAAGAACUGGGACAGAGUGGGCUUAAUCCUAAGCUUUUCUUCGGGCUGAGUUUCUGUUGCUUGUUAACUUAGGGCAUUUACAGAUAGAUGUAUCACUCACUGGUGGUGUGGAGGCUAGGGCAGAAUCAACAUCGAUGUACUGAGCUACAGUUUGGUAUACCAGUGUGUGUGCAUUCAGAGUGUUUUUAUUAAAGGAGAUCAAGAGGCUAGCACAGAUCUUACCUUUAUCACCUAACUGCAAAACCAGAAGUUAAGAAGCAGCAUCUUAAAGGCACUUUUCUAGAGAGAAGUCUUGAGAUGGCUCUAAAUAAUUGUUCCCACCUAAACCUGGAAGUGGACCCUUUCCUGGACUGCAACAACACUGUCAAUCAAAGUCUGAAUCCCCCCAAGAUGGAUAACUGGUUCUACCCAGGAAUCAUUUACGUCAUCCCUGCAGUUUAUGGAGUUAUCAUCGUGAUAGGCCUCAUUGGUAACAUCACCCUGAUCAAGAUCUUCUGCACAGUCAAGUCCAUGCGAAAUGUGCCAAACCUGUUCAUCUCUAGUCUGGCUUUGGGAGACCUGCUGCUACUGGUAACCUGUGCCCCUGUGGAUGCCAGCAAGUACCUGGCUGACAGAUGGCUGUUUGGCAGGAUUGGCUGCAAACUGAUCCCCUUCAUACAGCUUACCUCAGUGGGGGUGUCUGUCUUCACACUUACAGCAUUGUCUGCAGACAGGUAUAAAGCCAUUGUGCGGCCAAUGGAUAUCCAGGCAUCACAUGCCCUGAUGAAGAUCUGUCUCAAAGCUGCCUUGAUCUGGAUCGUCUCUAUGCUAUUGGCCAUCCCAGAGGCUGUGUUUUCUGACCUCCAUCCCUUCCACGUGAAAGAUACCAACCAAACCUUUAUUAGCUGUGCCCCCUACCCACACUCUAAUGAGCUGCACCCUAAAAUUCACUCUAUGGCUUCCUUUCUGGUUUUCUACAUUAUCCCGCUGUCAAUCAUCUCUGUCUACUACUACUUCAUUGCCCGAAAUCUGAUUCAGAGUGCCUACAAUCUCCCCGUGGAAGGCAAUAUACAUGUCAAGAAGCAGAUUGAAUCCCGGAAGCGGCUUGCCAAGACAGUACUGGUGUUUGUGGGCCUCUUUGCCUUCUGCUGGCUCCCCAACCAUGUCAUCUACCUGUACCGCUCCUACCACUACUCUGAGGUAGACACCUCCAUGCUUCACUUUGUCACCAGCAUCUGUGCUCGCCUCCUGGCCUUCACCAACUCCUGUGUGAACCCCUUUGCCCUCUAUCUGCUGAGCAAGAGCUUCAGGAAGCAGUUCAACACUCAGCUCCUCUGCUGCCAGCCCGGCCUGAUGAACCGGUCCCACAGCACUGGCAGAAGUACCACCUGCAUGACCUCCUUCAAGAGCACCAACCCCUCGGCUACCUUCAGCCUCAUCAAUGGGAACAUCUGUCAUGAGGGGUAUGUCUAGACUAACCUCUCAACCUUGCCUCCUAAGGGACUCCAGAUUUUGUUUUAUGGAUGGCCAGGAGUCCUGCCAUUGGUUGUUAUCUCUAUACCUUCCAAAGACCCUUCAGGAGGCUGAGCAAUACAGAUGGGUAGGAGAGAUGUUCACAUGCAUCAAUCACUAGUAUAUCUCAAAGUAAGCCAGCAGGCUUCAUUUUCUGUCUCAAUUUGGGAGGGCUUCUUCCAAUGGAGAUCAAGUCUCCCUUUGAAAAGGAAGGAACAAAUUGGACAUUAUUAUUCAGAGCACCAAGCCCUGCAAGUAUCAUCAAUUAAGUCAUAGAAAUUAUAUGAACAAAGAGAGCAGAGAAGCCAUGCGUUGGAUAUCUACUCUGUGAAAGAUUUGAUUUAAACAGAAGCUAAUUGCUUUCAAAACAUGGCUUGACUCUUUUUUCCAGAAAUAUCUAUAAUAUGUAAACCAAGGGACAACUUUAAUUUACAUUCCUAAAAUGAGAAGCCAACUCUUUUAAGAAAGAGUCCCAUGUGUGAGGAAUGGACUUCAUUUAUAACAUUGGAAGCAGUGUAAUAUAAAACAAACCUCUAAAUAUUGACUUUUUAAAAGAUGUUGCUGAGGACACAGGAGAAACACCCAAUAUAAAAUGUUAAGGCAAAAUGCAGCCAAACACAUAGAUCCAUGUAUGGAGAUAGAGCAACAGCUUAUGGUCUGACUUUUUGUUUCAUGGAAAUUCUAAUUUUCAUUAACCCAAUUUGGGCCAUUGCAAUGUCAUUCUGCCACUGAGGGAAAAUCCUUCUGUGGGAAAAAAUUGCUCAUUUUAUCAAAGUAACUACUAUUUAUAAAUGUAUAAAGGAUAGCGUUUAUUCUUGAUAUACAUGUUUUAAAUCAAGUAUAUUUACUUAGGCUUAAUUUUCUUGUUAUGGUGAAACAGUAGUUUCAAUACAAAAAAGGUCAUAAUUGUAGAGGAAAAAAAUCAUGUUUAUAUUGGAUGUAUAGUCCCCCUAAAGUAUGUGUGGGAAAUUAAUAUAGUUUUAGUAACAUGAAUUUGUGUCUGAGUAUGUGUAAAAAAAAAAGUCACAGGAACCUUAAAUUUUGAACUGACCAAAACAGGCACAUUUUCAUUUCUAUUUAAAAAUAAUGUGUAUGAAAUAGCCCACAUGUAGAAAAAGACUGGACUGGUAGCUCCAUCUCUCUAAAUGUACAGAAAGGAUUUUGUAAAGUUUGGACUAUCUUACUUGAGAAAUCCUGGUUUGACUUUUUCUGAACUUAAAGAUGGGCCAAUUCUGACAGAAUGAAUAUGCAGACUCACUUGACUCUAAAUCCAAAUUGUACAAGUGUUUCCUAAUGUGUAUCCCUUAAAUCCUAAGGCAAUUUUAGUUCCAGCUUUCUCUGCCUGGGUGAGAUAUAAACAGCAAGUGCAUAGCACAUAAAAAAAGCUUUCUGUCGGUUGAUGUAGGGAAGUACUGGCUGGCUGUGAAGCUUUAAGGCAUUAGGACCAAGACAGCGUAAGGAUCUAUGCUUACAAUUGUACCAGCUGGAACAAAAUCUCUUCAUUCCCACCUUCUCUGGGCUUUUAUGUACUAUAAACACCAGCUUUCCUGGUAGUCCUUAAUUACAUUGCACUGUUUGGAAAGCAAGACACACAGUGGAGGUAAAAGAACCAUGACAUCUUUCUAUCCCAACUUCAUCUCUAGCUAUUGGACUUCCGCUAUCCAUUUUUCCUCCGCUAGGCUUCCUUUUCAUGUUUAAAAUGAGAAGACAGAGUUAAGUCCCUUCUAGUGCUAAGAUCCUCCGAGUCUCUUCUUUUCCUCCAGUUAUGUCUUGAAAGCAUGUGUGGCUCAUCUCCUUACAGUCAGUACAUUUCUCUUUCUCUUUCAACCAUAAGUCAAUGGAGACACCCACACCCACUCUUCCAUGCUCCCAUGCACAUGGGUGGGAUGAAAGAAGCUAGGUCGUUCUGCUACCAAAGGACUCCUUGACAUCACUCACAUGAAUAAAGGUCCAUGAGCUUGCGCUGUUUUAGAGUUAGAGCUGAAAGAUAAGUAAGAAAAUGUGUGGCUCAGGCUUCUCAUUAUUCAAGGGGAACUCUUGCUCUUCACUCUCCUUUAGCUUUCACACACCUGUUCUCUUUUGCCUCAACCCUUGAGCAUAAAUGGCUCCAUGCCUAGAAAGUGCUAACAUAGAUGGGAUGUCUAGAAUUAUGGCAUAUGGAAUUUGCGAUAGUAGUUUUAGCAUCUCUGACAUACCUGCUUCUAGAGAUGUUUCCAGAACAGGAUUCAGCCUCCUGUCUCCUUCAGUUAACAUCAGGGCACAGACAGAGCAUCUCUUUACUAGCCACUAGACAAACAGUGAGAAGAUCAAGGUCUGGGUGUCCUAAGGCAAAUCUUGUUUCUUCCUUGUGACUUGUAGAUGAAAGAGUUGGAGGGAGUUUUGGCAGCCGGUGACCCAAACUGAUAAAACAUACAGUGAAUUAAAUAAUAGGUUGAGCUUUCCUUCUUAUUAGGAAAGACUUAAUUGGUCCGUCCCUUUGCUAACUAAAUUUAAGUUUUAAAAUCAAGAACCUAAAAUCAUAUGAUAAACCUGAGACCCAUAUAGUGUCCCUUCUCUGCCAGAGCAGAACACACAGGGGCUGGAGCUGAGCCAUUUCAUGCCUGGCUUCCAAAGAUAAUCACGUUUAGCACUUAUGUCUUUGGUGAAGGAAAAAAAAAUCAAUUUUUUGCUGUGGAAAACCAUCUGUGUUUAUUCAAUUGACAGAUACUACCUUUCAAUCUAUCUUAAAUUGAGCCUCCCCAAGGCAGGCAGCUCAACAGUGAUAGAUUAAGCAAUAAACAAAGCAGUCUCCCCACUAAGGGCUGCUGCUGGCAGGGAAGGUACAGCUGCCAUUGGGAGUGAUAUUCGGCAGCAAGAUGAUCCUCCCUGGUUAGUGCAGACAAGGUCCCUCCCUGCUGAUGAUUUUAUGAUUCCCCAUAAAUGUGGAUGGCUUAACCCAAUUCUUCUGGCUGCUCUCACUUCCCCACUGAAUAUAGCUUUCUGCCUCAUUAGCAAAGCCUCUUUGCCCCACUAAUAAUUUGGUUCUUCAGCUUAGAGGAUGGAGAGCCUGUAGGGAAACUAUUCACAAGCUGCUACAGACAAAGCAACCUCGUCUUGUUAGCAAAGUGCACACUAAACAGAAGUAAAUGAACUUGCCUGUAAGAUGUGGGAGAACUUGGGUUAUAAAGUUCUUGUUAGCGCUAAGAGGAGCAGUUGGUUAUUGGUUUCCCAGCCUCAUCAUAUGUCAGAUGGCUUCUAGUAAAAGAGAUUAUCUUUGUUUGGAGAAUGACGUGUUGAAUGAUAUCCUCAUCUGUGGGCUAAAAGGUGGCUAAGCCACUUUCCCCAGAAGCCGGAUAGAAACAAAUGCCCUGAGGACCUGACUGUAUGAACAGUGUACCCCCAAAUCAUGGUAAAAAGGGGAAGAUACACACUUUCUUGCCAUUGGAUCUCUUCACCUCCACACUGGGAGGAGUAGUUGUGAAAGAAUGGAUUAUAGAAUUAGCUGUGAGGUUUGGGGAGGAACAGAGCGUAUUUUACAAAAUUCCUCUAACUUUGGCCCCAUUUUCAUGGAAUGAACAAACAACUGAGAGGAAGCAAGAGUGCUUUACUUUGAUGGGACCAAUCUCUCUCACUCCUGCUCUCUCUCCUCCAUCUCUCUGUGAGCAUGUGCAUAUAUGCUCAUCAGUGAAAGCACACCACCCUGAGCUCUCCUUCCUUCUGUGUCCGGAGUGCUAUUCCUCCCAGCCACACCUCUCCCACAGCACACAGACACAGCAACUGUAACCCUGCUCCACUCUCACUAUGACUCUGGCCUUCAAGGCCAGUGAGAUAGCUCAACAGGUAAGUUGAGGUGCUUAUUGCUGAGCCAGACCAACUUAAUGCCACCCCCAGAACCCAUGAAGUUGAAGGCAAGAACUAUCCUGCAAGUUGUCUUCUGACCUCCGCAAUGCACUGUGGCAUAUGCAUGCCCUACACACACACACACACACACACACACACACACAG